AUGUCCCACCAAUUCCCAAUAAUCGAGGACGCAGACAACCUGAAAUUGGACAAAGUCAUCAAUGCAGUAUUGGAGAACCCGAAAAGGGCCAGUCGACGGUUUCGAAAGGAACGCGAGCGGGCACAUUCGAAUACACCCAAGGCCGCCUUGUUAUCACUCCUCAUUAGCAAAGAGUAUGCUGCCAAGCAAACACAUCAACUGCUUGACUUCACUCUUGCCCAACUCGAGGACUCAACUCGUAGGCUGGCGGAGAGUCCGCAAACCAGAUAUGCGUCCGACAUCUCACCCGAGUUCUCAAACAAGGUCGUCCAAAGCGUAUACGACGCGCAGGAAGUUGCCUCUCGCGCUCAAAGCAAUGCAAAUGCCUACAAGUUCCAGCUGGAGGAAGCAGCGAAGGAAAUCCAGCGGGCAAAUGAGUCGAUGCGACUCUUGCAACAGCAACGGGAGGAGGCAGAGAGACAGGCGGCUGAAGCAAGAGACGUGGCCAGACAAAUACGCGAGGAACACCUAAUUCUUAUGGCUAGGGAGGAAGGGCGACGGUCCGGCUUUGAUGACGGGUUCGAGCAUGGGCGUCAGGUUGCUCGGGCACAAAGAGAGAGGUUGAGAAUCGAGUCGGGACGCAGGCGGUCAAGGACAAGCUCAAGGAUGAUCGAAGAUGUAAGGGUUGAUCCCGAGCCCGAGCCUCAGACAACACCAACCAGCGAGACAGCUAUUCCCGUGCCACCCCCACGUUCGCCUACACCAGAGGUAUUGACCCCCAUUCCUGAGGUCGCCACUCCGGAGCCGCAGCCUGUUCCCGAAGUAAUGCGUCAGCCAGAGCGAUCUUCGUUUGUGAUAGAACGUCCGUCGUCCGUCGCGUCACGAAGUACGCGUUCAUCCCUUCGCCGCCAACCCGCCUUUUCCUCCCUGCAAGAAAGAAGUUCAGACGUAUUCCUCGAUUCGCCUGGCGGGAACCCGGACGCGAUGCCUUCAUUCCCCACUCAGCCCUCGGUAUCGUCUUCUCAGCUUGGACCUGAGGUAACGCCCACGCCCGCCGCGAGACCGCCUUCGGGGACGUUUGAGAACAUGCCAGAGGCCAUCGUCAUGCCUCAACCGGCUGCUCAAGAACGUCCUCGCUCCGUAUCUUCCUUUGGUGCAGUACCACCUCCAGGAAUGAUAUCAGACCAGCACGCUCCCCCGGCAGGUUCUAUGUCACCCGCUCCCCCUCCAGGUGUUAUCUCAUCGUAUACCCCUGUACCACGACCCGCCUCUGCGGCCAGUACUGUUACACUGACUUCACGUCCCCGUGUUCGAUCUGACGCCCAGCACAGCACACGCCCAAGUUCGGCGGCUAGUAGUACGGCGGCUGCUCCAGCGCAUUACCUGCGCAUGCCGGAACCCCCGCCUUCUCUGAUUCGAUCAUCUAGCACUCGAAGUGGAUCAUCUGGACCAACGUCCGUCCGUUCCACCUCUUUCGGCGCAGCGCCGCCUCCGCCGCCAAUGGCUCCUUCAGAGUCCGUUCCUCGACAACCAAGCCGAAGCAGUUCCAGGGCAAGCUCUUCGAAUCAUUCAUACGGAGCGGCACCCGUGCCACCGCCCAUGAUCUCGAUGCAUGCCGCUCCUAUAUACCACGGCAGAAGCAGUUCAGUACAAGGGAUCUAUGGGAGCACGUAUGGUACAGCGCCGCCUCCUCCACCCAUGGCACCAUCGGAACCCGUCGCCCGACAACCUAGUAGAAGUAGUUCUAGACAAGGCCCUGCUCAUCCAAGUGUGUACGGCGUAGCACCCCCACCUCCGCCUAUGAUGCCGGCGGACCCUGUCGCCCGACAACCCAGCAGAAGUAGUUCUAGGCAAGGUUCUUCUGCCCAUCCAAACUUGUAUGGUGUGGCGCCUCCGCCUGCACCUAUGAUGCCAGCGGAUUACGCCCCCCGACAACCCAGUCGCAGUGAAUCGAGACCGAACCUGUACCGAACAGCGAUAUACGGCCCUGCGACUGGUUCAACAGAUUACUUGCCACCGCGAACUCGAUCUACUAGUUUAUCAAGCGCUGGAUCGAUGCCUCGACCAGAGCCUCCAACACCUUCUUCAACCGCUACAGGAUUCUCUCAGCUCGAAUUAAUGAACUUCCCCAACCCUGCUAUGGAAUAUACGAAUAUUAGUCGGCGUGAUAGGCGUGACAGCUUGCGAGAUAGGGAUAGGGAUCGUUAUGUUAAUGAGCUUACCGCCAUCCCAGAGCAUCUCACCGGAAGCAGUCGAACGAGCCAGAGUCCCAAUGUCCACGUGAACACUAGUCCUCACUCGACAUUCGACCCUUCCCUUCCCCCGCCACCCUUUUCAGCGCAAUCAGCGCAGUCAUGGUCGUCUAUCCCAACAGUCCCGACGCCGUCUUCCAUUUCAUCGAACUGGCUCCCCCAUUCAGACAGGGACCCGCCUGAGUGGGCUCUUCCUGUACCCAACCCAACGCUCACCACACGCGCAGCCUCUCCGACUACUCCUGAGAUCGUUGUGAUACCCGACAACGAUCCCAGCGGGCACGUACCACCCCCCUUUGACCUUGAACAUGACAAUUUCUUAGGUCCUUCAUCCGCCCGACGAAGCGGAUUCCCUUCGCAUAAUUCUUCUAGCACCGUAGACAGUCGCCGUUAUUCUACGGAGAGCUCAAGCACAGUAGGGAUCACCAUUGAGCCUCCUUCUCGCCCGUCUUCUGUCACUGGUCAGAGUCGGCCUCCUUCUGUCACUGGCAUCGGCUUGCUGAGCCCCAAUCAUGCCCAUACGAAUUUACCGACGGUACCCAGCCAACCGAAUCCACAAUCAACACCCGUCAUACCAGCACCCGCUAAUGGUCUUCCUCCAGGAUUUGUGGCUAUGGCGUUCACAUCCCCAGCAAAUGCACCGUCUCCUCUCCAUCCGGUGCCUUCAAGUCCCUCGGGUCACGGUCGAGCCACACCACGAAGCCCUUACGCACCCGUACUCCCAUUAUCCACGGAAGCUCCAGUUAUUCCAGUUAUUCCUGGAGACUUCCCCGGUGAUAGCGAACCACAAGCUGGUUCUUCACACACACGUGCUGGUUCCUCAGGCGGAGCUGAGUCUUAUGCCGUCGCGCCCACUCCGCCUGGAUUCUCUUAUCCCGCCCCUCUUGGUGCAACACCAGGAGGCGGGGCAUAUCUGAGGGCACUCCCGAACCGCGACAAUGAGGAUUCAGGUACCGAGGAGCCUGUUAAACCGCCAACACCACCACCGGUUGCAGCUCCCAAGGCUAAGGCUGGGAAAGCUGGCAAGGGACGCGGUCGCAAACGGUAG